AUGCAGCAAGCGAUGCCCAUGCCGCCGGCGGCGGCGGCGCCGGGGAUGCCUCCAUCUGCUGGCCUCAGCACCGAGCAGAUCCAAAAGUACCUGGAUGAAAAUAAGCAACUAAUUUUGGCUAUCUUGGAAAAUCAGAACCUGGGAAAGUUGGCGGAAUGUGCUCAGUAUCAAGCUCAGCUUCAGAAGAAUCUUUUGUAUUUGGCUGCAAUUGCUGAUACUCAGCCACAGACCUCUGUAAGCCGUCCUCAGAUGGCACCACCUAGUGCAUCCCCAGGGGUAGGGCAUUACAUGUCACAGGUGCCAAUGUUCCCUCCAAGGACCCCUCUAACGCCUCAGCAGAUGCAGGAGCAGCAACUACAGCAACAACAGGCUCAGAUGCUUCCGUUUGCUGGUCAAAUGGUUGCGAGACCUGGGGCUGUGAAUGGCAUGGCCCGGGCCCCUCAAGUUGAACCAGCCUAUGCAGCAGGUGGGGCCAGUUCCGAGCCUUCUGGCACUGAGAGCCAUAGGAGCACUGGUGCCGAUAACAACGGUGGAAGCGGCUUGGCUGACCAGUCCUAA